AGGUAACUCUGAAACUGUCUUUUUCUUUCCUGUAAAAACUCACCGGCAGGUGAUAAUGGCUCAGGUAAAACCACGCUUAUGGCUAAACUACAGGGAGCAGAACAUGGCCAAAAAGGAAGAGGACUGGAAUACUUAUAUCUCAAUGUUCAUGAUGAAGACAGAGAUGAUCAUACUCGCUGUAAUGUUUGGAUUCUGGAUGGAGACAUAUACAGUAAAGGGCUGUUGAAGUUUGCCGUUUCUGCAGAAUCCCUGCAGCACACCAUUGUAAUCUUUGUUGUGGAUAUGUCUAGACCUUGGACUGCUAUGGAGUCUUUAGAGAAGUGGGCCGGUGUCUUGCGAGAGCAUAUUGAUAAGCUGAAAAUUCCUCCAGAAGAAACGAGAGGCAUGCAACAGAAGAUUAUAAAGGAGUUUCAAGAGUAUGUAGAACCCGAAGAAGCCUACCAAGGAUCAUCCCAGAGAAGGGGCCCUUCUUCGGGCCAAGAGAAUGCAAGUGUUUCUUUGUCACUUGGAGAAAAUGUGCUGACGCACAACCUUGGUAUUCCUGUGCUGGUAGUUUGUACCAAAUGUGAUACAGUGAGCGUACUGGAGAAGAAGCGUGGUUACAGAGAGGAGCACUUUGACUUCAUUCAGUCCCACAUUCGUAGAUUCUGCUUACAGUAUGGAGCUGCCUUGAUUUAUACCUCAGUUAAGGGGGAAAAGAACCUUGAUCUGUUGUAUAAGUACCUUGUACAUAAAAUGUACGGUUUUCAGUUGACCACUCCUGCCUUAGUGGUAGAAAAGGAUGCGGUUUUUAUACCUGCUGGUUGGGACAAUGAAAAGAAAAUUGCCAUUUUACAUGAAAACUUCACAAGAGUGAAACCGGGCUAUGCGUAUGAGGACUUCAUUGCAAAGCCUCGUGUCCGAAAGUUAGUCCAUACUGAAUUGGUGACAGCAGAAGCUGAUCAAGAAUUUCUUAAGAGAAUGCAGUCAUUACUUGCCAAACUGCCAGAGAUGCCUACAAGCCAAUCAGAAUCUCGUGCAGGAGGAGGAGGACCUGCAGGAUCCCCAGGAACUCAGGGUGGAGCCAAUCCCGCCAAUGUAGCUAGUGCCUCACCAGUAACAUCAGUUAAGAAACCAGAUCCAAAUACCAAAAGCAUGAAUUAGCAUCUUACUGUUUUUUUUACGUCUUGUUUCCUGUAGAAAAAAACAUUCCUAAAGAAGGAAGAUGUUGGAAUUUAUUCACUGGUAGUACAGUGUUAGUUUAACAAGAAGAAUGAAUUUAUGGCAUCAACCCAGUUUUUGUUGUUGGAUGUUGUCAUUCACGUGACUUGAAGUAGAGUUCUGUUACUGCCACGCAGUUAGGCAGAGUUGAAAUAAAGUGAGUCUUUACGUUGCCUAA